AUGCCAGACGGCACCGAGAACCCGAAAAAAAACACAACAGAUCUGAGUAUCGAGGCUAAUAAGGCAUCCAAGGCAUAUCUAAGUUAUUUGCAGGAUGAAGUUCAGAGACUGAAAGAUGAAGAAGGUCGGGAUCAGUGGAUGUUAGAGCUCGUGGAACGGAAUGAGCUUCUGGAGAAGGAAAUACAGCGAAUGGCGGAACAAAUCAAGGAGUCGAGCCCUGGGAAGGAACAGGAAGCUAAGAAAUAA